UGCGCGCCUCCGCCCACCGCGCCCGCGUGCGCCGAGCUGGUGCGCGAGCCGGGCUGCGGCUGCUGCCUGACGUGCGCGCUGCGCGAGGGCCAGGCAUGUGGCGUCUACACCGAGCGCUGCGGCUCUGGCCUCCGCUGCCAGCCGCAGCCCGAGGAGCCGCGCCCGCUGCACGCGCUCCUGCACGGCCGCGGCUUCUGCGCCAACGCCAGCGCCGCCGGCCGCCUGCACCCCUUCCUGCUGCCGGCGCCCCCCGCUCCAGGAAAUGCCAGCGAGUCGGAGGAGGACCCCGGGGCGGGAAGCGUUGAGACCCAGGCCAUCCCCAGCACCCACCGGGUGACUGACUCCAAGUUCCACACCCUGCACACGAAGAUGGACGUCAUCAGGAAAGGCCACGCCAAGGACAGCCAGCGCUACAAAGUCGACUAUGAGUCCCAGAGCACGGACACCCAGAACUUCUCCUCCGAGUCUAAAAGGGAGACAGAAUAUGGCCCCUGCCGGAGAGAGAUGGAAGACACACUCAACCACCUGAAGUUCCUCAAUGUGCUGAGUCCCCGGGGCGUCCACAUCCCAAACUGUGACAAGAAGGGCUUCUACAAGAAGAAGCAGUGCCGCCCCUCCAAAGGCAGAAAGCGAGGCUUCUGCUGGUGCGUGGACAAGUAUGGGCAGCCCCUUCCGGGCUACGACUCCAAGGGCAAGGAGGACGUGCACUGCCUGAGCAUGCACAGCCAGUAGACCUGCUGACCACCUAAUGUGGAGCUCAAAUACGCCUUAUUUUGCACAAAAGACUGCCAAGGACAUGCUCAGCAGCUGGCUACAGCCUCGAUUUAUAUUUCUUUUUGUGGUGAACUGAUUUUUUAAAAAAACCAAAGUUUAGACAGAUUUUUGAAAUCCCUAUGGUUCCUUUAAGUGGUAAACUUGAGAUCUUUCCAGUAAUUAGCGAAAAGCAGUUCGAAUUUUCUAGUUGCUACCUGUAAACCUCGCUCCACGGACGGCUCCCCUCCCAGGCCCUCAUCCGCUAAGGGGACAACCCGACCCAGCCCGACCCUCCCACCUCGAGACGUCAGCAAAUGAGCUUCUCCCCCACCCUCUGUAAAAUGAGCACAGGCCUAGGAGAAUAGGAAAAGCCUCAACUCCAGUCACCUGGACGUCCUGACACCGCCUGCCAACAUAACCCGAGGGGGACCUCUUCGAAUCAGGAGCCUGGGUCUCGACCAUAAAGACUGUCCAUCAUCUGGAGAUGACCUAAUCUACUUUGGAAACUACUGGAGAGAUUAAGAUGCAGUCUUAACAGCAGGAUGCCCAGGAACCUGUCGGCAGGUGUGGGUGACCCUGCAUCUGGGGUCCUCCUCAUGACAGCCCCUUUGGAAGGCUGGGUGGCUGGGGUCACCUAGGCCUUGGUCCCACGGGGCAGGAGAGGCAGGGGCAGCAAUCAGCCUUGGCGUUGAGAGGCCUUUUGAGCAACGAUUCUUCAGAUGACUGCAGAAAGUAGUGUUUUCUAGUUCAACUCCUCAAAACAAGAUUUUUGAGGUUAAGCUCUUUAAAGCAAAAUUUUAUUUUCAUCUCUUACCUGUAUCCUGCUUUGCACAAUGUAAAAGAAAAAACAAAAAUCUAAACAGGAAAGAUGACCAGCUUGCUGGGAGCCUGUCGAGGACACUGGGACACUUAGAGAUCUCUGACCUGUGUUGGUUGAACUUGGAAUUCUUCUCACACACACUCCUUACCACUCAUACAUAUAUACGGAGAUGUGUUCUUAAUUAAUUGUUAACAGUGUAUACCACAUAGCCCAAAUAUAAUAGGAUCUACACUAGAUAAUCCUAGAGAAAAUGGUAGAGAUGCUAGAUGAUAUAACCAACCGUGGCCGUGACCGAGGAAAGGAGCUCAUGCCGUUGCCACCCGUGGUCCCCAAGGCCAGGCCUGAGGUCCCAGGGUGGACCCACUGCGUGGAGCUCCCUUGAUAACUACAAGGGCUCUCGAGAUGUUCUGCCUACCUAUUUUUUUAAGUUUUUGGGGAAAAAAAGUAUUUUUGAAAAGUUUGUCUUGCAAUGUAUUUAUAAAUAGUAAAUAAAGUUUUUACCAUUAAAAGAAGAACGUCUUUCCCAGUGUUA